AUGUUUCUAUUACAAGCAGUAAUUUUAUACUGUUCAUUCAUUGUUACUGCGGUUGCUAAAGAAAUUUCUGGUGUAUUUACUGGUUUUGAAUCCUUAACGUGGGAUAAAGCUGCUAAUUACGGCUUUCAGGGUCCACAAUAUCCAACAUGGAAUGCCGUUCUUGAUUGGUCGUUAGAUGGUACAACCACGUCCCCAGGUGACACGUUCACUUUGAUCAUGCCUUGUGUCUUCAAAUUCACUACAUCUGCCACUUCUAUCGAUUUAAGAGCUAAUGGUAUUACAUAUGCCACAUGUGAUCUUCAUGCCGGUGAAGAGUUUACUACUUACUCCAGUUUGACUUGUACUGUUACUGAUUCGUUAAGUUCUGUCCAUCAAGCAGCGGGUACAGUCACAAUUCCUUUGGCAUUUAACGUUGGUGGUUCUGGUUCUUCUGUUGAUAUUGCUGAUUCUACUUGUUUCACUGCUGGCACAAACACUGUUACUUUCCAAGAUGGUGAUACAUCAAUCAGUACCCAAGCCUAUUUUGCUGCAGCUACUGAAUCUUCUUCUGGUCUCCUUUACUUCCAAAGAAGUGUUCCUUCAUUGAACAAGCUUAAUGCACUUGCAAUUCUCCCAGAUUGUCCCAAUGGUUACACUUCUGGUACUCUUGGUUUCUCAUCUUCUAAUUCCAGAUUUCUGAUUGAUUGUUCCAGUGCUGAAGCUUACAUUACAAAUCUUUUAAAUUCCUGGAACUACCCAACUUCAGCGGAUUCCUUUUCUUAUACCCAAACUUGUACUUCCAAAAGUUUUCAAAUAACAUUCAAUAAUAUUCCAGCCGGUUAUCGUCCAUAUAUUGCUGCAUUGGUUCAAGCUCCAUCUUCGGAUUAUGCUAUACAAUAUACUGCAAAAUACAGGUGUGAAGGUUCUGUCCAAAGAGAUGAUUCACAAAAGAUAUCUUGGGCCGGUUACACAAAUAGUGACCCAGAUUCAAAUGGUGCUGUAGUUGUUCUUACAACUAUUACAGGUACUCAGUCCAAUACUAUUGUUACCACAUUGCCUUUCAACCCGACUGCUGAUCACACAAAAACGAUCGAAGUGAUUGUUCCAAUUCCAACAGUAACUACUACCACUUCCUAUAUUGGAGUUACUACUUCUUAUACCACAAUUACUGGUACUAUUGGUGGAACGGCUACUGUUAUUGUAGAUGAACCGUAUCAUACUACUACCACUGUUACUAGUCCCUGGACUGGAACCUUCACCACUUCAACUACUGUCAUUGCUUCUACUGACUCGGUUGAUACCAUCAUCAUUCAAGAACCAACUCCAAACCCAACCGUUACUACUACUGAGUAUGGUUCCGUUGAAACUACCAUCACAUAUACCAACCCACCAGGUGGUACUGAUACCGUUGUUGUCAUCGACCCACCAAACCCAACUGUCACCACCACCGAAUAUGGAUCUGUUUCUGAACCAACCACUAUCACCUACACCAACCCACCAGGUGGCACUGAUUCUGUUGUUGUCAUCGACCCACCAAACCCAACUGUCACCACCACCGAAUAUGGAUCUGUUUCUGAACCAACCACUAUCACCUACACCAACCCACCAGGUGGCACUGAUUCUGUUGUUGUCAUUGAACCACCAAACCCAACUGUCACGACCACCGAGUAUGGAUCUGUUUCUGAACCAACCACCAUCACAUAUACCAACCCACCAGGUGGUACUGAUACCGUUGUUGUCAUCGACCCACCAAAUCCAACCGUUACUACUACUGAGUAUGGUUCCGUUGAAACUACCAUCACAUAUACCAACCCACCAGGUGGCACUGAUACCGUUGUUGUCAUCGACCCACCAAACCCAACUGUCACCACCACUGAAUAUGGAUCUGUUUCUGAACCAACCACCAUCACCUAUACCAACCCACCAGGUGGUACUGAUACCGUUGUUGUCAUCGACCCACCAAAUCCAACCGUUACUACUACUGAGUAUGGUUCCGUUGAAACUACCAUCACAUAUACCAACCCACCAGGUGGUACUGAUACCGUUGUUGUCAUCGACCCACCAAACCCAACUGUCACCACCACCGAAUAUGGAUCUGUUUCUGAACCAACCACUAUCACCUACACCAACCCACCAGGUGGCACUGAUUCUGUUGUUGUCAUUGAACCACCAAACCCAACUGUCACCACCACCGAGUAUGGUUCCGUUGAAACUACCAUCACAUAUACCAACCCACCAGGUGGCACUGAUACCGUUGUUGUCAUCGACCCACCAAACCCAACUGUCACCACCACCGAAUAUGGAUCUGUUUCUGAACCAACCACUAUCACCUACACCAACCCACCAGGUGGCACUGAUACCGUUGUUGUCAUCGACCCACCAAAUCCAACUGUCACCACCACCGAAUAUGGAUCUGUUUCUGAACCAACCACUAUCACCUACACCAACCCACCAGGUGGCACUGAUACCGUUGUUGUCAUCGACCCACCAAAUCCAACUGUCACCACCACCGAAUAUGGAUCUGUUUCUGAACCAACCACUAUCACCUACACCAACCCACCAGGUGGUACUGAUACCGUUGUUGUCAUUGAACCACCAAACCCAACUGUCACCACCACCGAAUAUGGAUCUGUUUCUGAACCAACCACUAUCACCUACACCAACCCACCAGGUGGUACUGAUACCGUUGUUGUCAUUGAACCACCAAACCCAACUGUCACCACCACCGAGUAUGGUUCCGUUGAAACUACCAUCACCUACACCAACCCACCAGGUGGUACUGAUUCCGUUGUUGUCAUUGAACCACCAAAUCCAACUGUCACCACCACCGAGUAUGGUUCCGUUGAAACUACCAUCACAUAUACCAACCCACCAGGUGGUACUGAUUCCGUUGUUGUCAUCGACCCACCAAACCCAACUGUCACCACCACCGAAUAUGGAUCUGUUUCUGAACCAACCACUAUCACCUACACCAACCCACCAGGUGGCACUGAUUCUGUUGUUGUCAUUGAACCACCAAACCCAACUGUCACCACCACCGAGUAUGGUUCCGUUGAAACUACCAUACACAUAUACCAACCCACCAGGUGGUACUGA